AUUCGCUUACCCCUUGGAAGGGGAAUUAAGAGAGAUUGUGGUUGCCACUACCAGAGUGGAGACAAUGCUGGGAGAUACAGCUAUUGCCAUACAUCCUGAAGAUCCAAGAUACCAUCAUCUCCAUGGGAAAUUUGCAAUUCAUCCCUUUAAUGGGAGGAAAAUUCCAAUAGUUUGCGAUCCAAUAGCUGUCAUGGAAUUUGGGACUGGUGCUGUAAAGAUUACUCCAGCACAUGAUCCUAGCGAUUUUGAGGUUGGUAAACGCCAUAAUCUGGAGCUCAUCAACAUUUUUACCGAUGAUGGGAAAAUUAAUGCCAAUGGGGCUCCAGAAUUUAGCGGAAUGCCACGUUUUGAGGCUCGCGUGGCUAUCAUUGAAGCUUUACGGAGAAAGGGCCUCUACAGAGGUGAUAAGAAUAAUGAGAUGAUCCUUAACAUGUGUUCACGAAGCAAUGAUGUUGUGGAACAUCUGAUUAAGCCUCAAUGGUAUGUGAACUGCAAAGAUAUGGGCAAGCAAGCUCUCGACGCUGUCACAGAUGAAGAAAACAUGAAAAUGUAUAUCCUCCCAAAACAGUAUACAGCUGAAUGGAAGAGAUGGCUUGAGAAUAUUCGUGACUGGUGCAUCUCAAGGCAGAUUUGGUGGGGUCACAGGAUUCCUGCUUGGUAUGUGACACUAGAUGAUGAUGAACUGAAGGAAUUUGGUUCAUAUAAGGAUCACUGGGUUGUCGCCAGAAAUGAGCAGGAGGCACAAGAAGAGGCCAGCAGGAUCUUUGGUGGACAAAUAUUUCAGCUUUCUCAGGAUCCUGAUGUUCUGGACACAUGGUUCUCUUCUGGGCUUUUCCCAUUAUCUGUGUUGGGCUGGCCUGAUGAUGCUGAAGACUUGAAGGCAUUUUACCCCACUUCUGUCCUUGAAACUGGACAUGAUAUUCUCUUUUUCUGGGUAGCUCGUAUGGUCAUGUUUGGAAUUAAGCUAGGAGGCGAUGUUCCAUUCAGAAAGGUCUAUCUGCACCCGUUGAUUCGUGAUGCCCAUGGACGCAAAAUGUCCAAGUCCUUGGGGAAUGUGAUUGAUCCUCUUGAUGUCAUCAAUGGGAUUACGAUUGAAGGACUUCAGAAGAAACUGGAGGAAAAAAUGAAGAAAAGAGACUUGGACUUGAAUAAAUUAAAGGUUGCUAAAGAGGAACAGAAGAAGGAAUUUCCUAAUGGUAUUCCUGAAUGUGGUACUGUUGUCUUCGUUUUGCUCUGGUUUCAUAUACAGCUCAGUCUGAUAAAAUAGAUCUUGAUAUUCUAAGGGUGGUUGGAUAUCGUCAAUGGUGUAAUAAGUUGUGGAAUGCUACAAGGUUUGCCAUAAGCAAGCUCAGAGAUGAUUACACUCCUCCACCAGAUAUAGUCCCAAAUAUAAUGCCAUUUAGCUGUCAGUGGAUACUAUCGGUUUUGAAUAAAGCUAUUUCAAGAACUGUGUUAUCUUUAGAUGCAUAUGAAUUCUCUGAUGCAACAACUGCUGUUCAUCAAUGGUGGCAAUAUCAAUUGUGUGAUGUGUUCAUUGAAGUUAUUAAACCAUACUUUGCUAAUAGUGAUCCAGAAUAUGACUCUGCAAGAAAAUAUGCCCAAUAUACUCUGUGGGUUUGU